CAUUUUAAAAACUCGCAAGCUACUUGCUUCAGCAGCACCGCAGUGACUUCCGCUGUGUCGCAGCUCGUGUAUAAUCUAUAGUUGUUGUUUGAAAUUUCAUUUAUAAAAAGUAAAUAUGAACGUGAUUGAUCAUGUGCGGGAUAUGGCAGCGGCCGGACUGCAUUCUAAUGUCCGGAUCCUUAGCAGUUUGCUGCUCACCAUGAGUACCAACAACCCGGAGCUGUUCUCCCCGGCUCAGAAGUACCAGCUGCUGGUGUAUCACGCGGACUCAAUCUUCCAUGAUAAAGAGUACAGGAACGCCGCCUGCAAAUACAACAUGGCUUUGCAGCAGAAGAAAGUGCUCAGCAAAACAUCCAAAGUGCGGCCGUCCAGUACAGGUGGCUCAACAUCUGCAGUGCAAGCACAGAAUUUACCAUCAGAGAUUGAAGUCAAAUAUAAAAUCGCAGAGUGCUACACCAUUCUGAAGCUGGAUAAAGACGCCAUAUCCGUGCUGGAUGGAAUCCCUUCUCGCCAGAGAACGCCAAAGAUCAACAUGAUGUUGGCGAAUCUGUACAGAAAGGCGGGUCAAGAACGUUCAGCUGUGACGAGUUACAAGGAGGUCUUGAGACAGUGUCCACUGGCUCUUGAUGCUAUUAUUGGGCUUCUGUCUCUGUCGGUGAAGGGGGCGGAGGUCGCGUCCAUGACGAUGGAUGUGAUUCAGAGCAUCCCGAAUCUCGAUUGGCUGUCUGUUUGGAUUAAAGCGCAUGCUUUUUUGCAUGGAGGAGACAAUCAGAGGGCUAGCAACACUAUCUGCUCUUUGGAGAAGAAGUCUCUCUUGAGGGAUAACGUCGAUCUGUUGGUCACGUUGGCAGAUGUGUACUUCAGGGCUGGAGAUACCAAGAACUCCAUCUUGAAGUUUGAGCAGGCACAGAUGCUCGAUCCUUACCUGAUCAAAGGUAUGGAUGUGUAUGGGUAUCUCAUGGCCAGGGAGGGUCACCUAGAAGAUGUGGAAGUUCUUGGAGGACGGCUGUUCAACAUAUCCGACCAGCACGCCGAGCCUUGGGUCAUAUCAGGAUGUCACAGUUUCUACGGUAAACGUUAUUCUCGGGCCCUCUAUCUGGGAGCUAAAGCCAUUCAGCUGAACAGUAACAGUGUUCAGGCACUUCUCCUGAAGGGGGCAGCGCUGCGUAACAUGGGCCGAGUGCAGGAAGCGAUCAUACACUUCAGAGAAGCCAUGCGAUUGGCUCCCUGUCGUCUGGACUGCUACGAAGGUCUCAUCGAUUGUUACCUGGCGUCUAAUGGUAUCCGGGAGGCUAUGGGAAUGGCUAACAACAUUUACAAAACCCUGGGAGCUAAUGCCCAGACUCUCACCAUCCUGGCCACAGUGUGUCUAGAAGACCCCAUGACGCAGGAGAAAGCGAAAACGCUGCUGGACAAAGCUCUCGCUCAACGACCCGACUACAUCAAAGCUGUCGUGAAGAAAGCCGAGCUCCUCAGUCGGGAACAGAAAUACGAUGAAGGGAUAGCACUUCUACGAAACACUUUAGCCAAUCAGAGCGACUGUGUGCUGCACAGAAUGCUGGGAGAUUUUCUCGUGGCUGUUAAUGACUAUCAGGAGGCCAUGGAUCAGUACAGUAUAGCACUAAGCCUCGAUCCAAACGAUCAGAAGUCUCUGGAGGGCAUGCAGAAGAUGGAGAAGGAAGAAAGUCCCACAGAUGCCACGGUCGAGCUGGAUGGUGAUGAUAUGGAGGGCAGUGGGGAGGAGGGAGACCUGGAGGGCAGUGACAGCGAGGCGGCGCAGUGGGCCGAUCAAGAGCAGUGGUUCGGCAUGCAGUGACCCUCAGAACGCUGUAAUAGACUUUCAGCACUUCUGUGUGUUGUGUGAUCAGUUAAAAAACACAUCCACACACAGAUUUUUGUGGGUGGAUUCUCGAUACUGACCUCUGGUGGUGAGUUACACAUUGUCAGACUAACAGGAUUCAUGGUGUACACAAUGUUGGGUGCAUUGACUUUGUUCAUACAUUUAGCACUGAAUCUUUUGUAAAUUCUCAAUCCUUUGCAGGUCACGUGUGGGCUCUGUAGAAUCUUGCAAAUUUGUAAACGUGGCAAACAAUUACAUGUGAAGCGAGAUUAUGGUCCUAAUAUAGCCUUCAUUUUAAUGCUGCAAAAUACUUUGUUGGGUUGGAAUGUAACACACACACCCCAGUGUGUAAAUGAGCAUUUAGGUCAAUAUUGUGUAGCUUUUAUGUUAGUUCAGUUUUUCUAUGCU